AUGAGGCGGGCUCUCAAUCUCGAACUCGAAGCCAAGGGACCGGAUCCCGAAUUUGAUACGCUAGUUCCAGCGCUCUUCGAUAAGGUCAUAUCGCGUCUUCUGCGACCACUUGAGAGCGACGGCCGGUCUUUGAAACCCUCGCUCGUGCACGGCGAUCUUUGGUACACGGAUUCGGGGAUCGACGUGGGGACGGGGGAAUCUCUCAUCUUCGAUGCAUGCAAUUACUACGCUCAUAACGAAUAUGAGUUUGGCCAGUGGCGGCCCGUUUGCAAUAGGUUCGGCGCCGAAUACCUGGCAGCAUACCAUUCUUACAAUCAAAUAUCUCCGCCUGAAGAGGACUACGACGGACGUUUGGAUCUCUACAAGCUAAGAUUCAAUACGCACGUAUCUGCCCUCUUCACCCAAAAUCAGGCGCUCAGAGAACAGUACGAAGUUUUGUGGCCCUGCAAGGAACGCUGUUGCUGA